GCCUCUCACCCCGGACGCCCCGCCCACUUCCGGCCGCCAGCCGCUCGCCCCUUGCCGGCUUGUUUUGACGGCUGCGGGCGGCCAGAGAUUGACGUCGGCAGGUGUCGCGAGAGUUGGCCGCACGCCACUCAUAAGGGCAGCAACCAUGGCGAGCUCGAGGAUCGAGGCGGAGCAGGAGCCGCUCCUGGGAGACCGUACACCCGGAAGCAGAGAAUGGGAUGGCACAGAAAGUGAAGAGCAUUACAAGAGCCGAUGGAGAUCCAUUAGGGUUCUGUAUCUUACCAUGUUUCUAAGCAGUGUAGGGUUUUCUAUUGUGAUAAUGUCAAUAUGGCCAUAUCUCCAAAAGAUUGAUCAGACAGCCGAUGCAAGUUUUUUGGGCUGGGUUAUUGCUUCAUUUAGUCUUGGCCAAAUGGUAGCAUCACCUAUAUUUGGUUUAUGGUCUAAUUAUAGGCCAAGAAAAGAACCUCUGAUUGUCUCCAUCUUUAUUUCCGUGGCAGCCAACUGCCUGUAUGCGUAUGUCCACGUCCCAGCUUCCCAUAAUAAGUACUACAUGUUGGUUGCUCGUGGACUGGUGGGAUUUGGAGCAGGAAACGUGGCGGUUGUUAGAUCAUAUAUUGCUGGUGCUACUUCUCUUCAGGAAAGAACAAGUUCCAUGGCAAAUACAAGCACAUGUCAAGCAUUAGGUUUUAUUCUGGGUCCAGUUUUUCAGACUUGUUUUGCACUCAUUGGAGAGAAAGGCGUGAAAUGGGACACCAUUAAGCUGCAGAUAAACAUGUACACAGCACCAGUUUUACUUAGUGCCAUUCUGGGAGUUUUAAAUAUUAUUCUGAUCCUCGCCAUAUUAAGAGAACAUCGUGUGGAUGACUCAGGAAGACAGUGUAAAAAUAUUAAUUUUGAGGAAGCAAAUACAGAUGAAGUUCAGAUUCCCCAAGGAAAUAUUGACCAAGUUGCCGUUGUGGCCACAAAUGUUCUAUUUUUUGUGGUGCUAUUUAUUUUUGCCCUUUUUGAAACAAUACUUACUCCUCUGACAAUGGACAUGUACGCUUGGACUCAAGAACAAGCCGUACUGUACAAUGGAAUAAUACUCGCUGCUCUUGGAGUUGAGGCAGUUCUUAUUUUUGUUGGGGUUAAAUUACUUUCCAAAAAGAUUGGCGAGCGUGUGAUUCUGCUGGGAGGACUCAUCCUUGUGUGGGUUGGCUUCUUUAUCUUGUUACCUUGGGGAAAUCAGCUUCCCAAAAUACAGUGGGAAGAUUUACAUAAUAACUCAGUCCCUAAUACCACAUUUGGGGAAAUUAUUACUGGUCUUUGGAAGUCUCCAGGAGGAGGUCAUGAUGCACGACCAACGGGCUGCCCAGUGGACCAAGCCUGGUGCCUGUACACCCCGGUGAUCCACCUGGCCCAGUUCCUCACGUCAGCUGUGCUAAUCGGAGUAGGCUAUCCAGCUUGUAAUGUGAUGUCGUACACGCUCUAUUCAAAGAUUCUGGGACCAAAGCCUCAGGGUGUGUACAUGGGCUGGUUAACAGCAUCUGGAAGUGCAGCACGGAUUCUUGGGCCUGUGUUCAUCAGCCACGUGUAUACAUACUUGGGACCGAGAUGGGCAUUCAGCCUUGUGUGUGGGAUGGUGGUGCUCACCAUCACCCUUGUGGGAGCAGUUUACAAGAGACUCAUUGCCUUUUCCGUGAGGUGUGGGAGAGUUCAGGAGUGAGCCAGUUACAACUGGGACAAAGUACUUGCUGUGUGUCAUUCCUAGUCUAGGUCCAGCCUGCAGAUGGAGCUCAUUUGGAAAUGUGGGUUGUGAAUGGUAGGAUAUAUGGAAAUAUUCUGGAUCAUAAAUUACCUUUUUGGGUUUUAGAAAUGAAAAGCCUCUAAGUGUGAAGCUGUGCUCUUCAAACUGCAAUGCUUUCAUUAAACUCAUGGGACAGUGGAACCAGGGGGUUCUAUGUUACUCAGCCUUGGCAAAGCAAAACAGUACAACUACUUUGCCUAAGUAAUUUUUAUUCUAUUAUUUUUAUUUGUGUAAGAUGCAUUUCCUAUCAUCAUGAUGACCUAAACUCUUCAUUUAGUCUGCCUAUUGUACCUUUUUAAGUCUUUCUUCUCCCAGCCCAGUCCCCUGCCCCCUGAAAAUCUUUAUUCUAAUACUGCACCUGCCUUCGUUUAGUUCAGGAUCUCACUGGCUCAGUCUAUGAGCAACAAUAAUGCAAACAUUUGAGCAAUAAAGAGGAGUAAUAGAUCAAGAUGGAUUUAAUUCACUACCUUUUAUAGUUUUUUCUAGUGCUAGUAAAUUACUAGAAACACAGGCAGAUGUUAUGUGAAUGUGCUAAAUGGUUCUUAAUCUCCGAAGAGACUUUUAAGUACUUUCCUAUCUCUAGAGGCAGGGAGGAAUACAACUUGUUUUCAUUCCAUGUCUGCAGAGCGAUUUAGAGCCCCAGAAUUUUAGUAUGAUUUUAAAUCAUACUAAAAGCUAGCACGUAUUUGAGGUAGUUUUGACCUCAAUUUAUGGAUUUAUCUGAAGUUGGCUAAAUCACACCACAAAUACAUUUCUACCUCUUUGUAAGUUCAAUACUGAUAAAGUACUCGUAGACAACUAUGUAUAUGCAAGUCAAUCAUUAUUAGGCAAAUGUAAAUAUUUUACUGUAAGUUUCUGACUUUUAAGUUAUAUUUUUAAACCGAGAAUAAACACUAUGUAUAACACUUUAUGGCACAAUUGCUGUGCUGGCAAGCCUAGUCUCUUCAGCUCUGGCAGGAAGCUUCCUGUGAUAGGGAGUUAUUCCAUGGUAAGCCUUGAACACUACUCCUCCCACAGCAAGACUGCGUCAGUGGAUUCAUCAGAACCAUAGCCAGGUUUCUGGUUGUCACAACCAGGGACCUGCUUACCUAUUGUUCUGCACUUCUCUGGAUUUCAUUUUUAGAGCACUUCUAAUCCUAAAGCUCCCCCUGGUUUGGGUGAAAAUAAUGGGAAGCACAUCUGGUUCUUUCCACAUCCAUGGUAAUGUGUAAUGUGUAGUUUUAACUCUCACAACAGAUGAGAGAAUGGAGGAGCAGGAGUUACUUGUCUAGCCACUGUAUUUUUAUAAUGGGGAAAAGAGCUCAGGAAGUACUGUAGUAUCAGUUACUAAUUGUGACGUAAAUUUGGGGAGUCACUGUACCAAGGACUCCUGUUAGCAGAAAUAUUUGGGAAACAUAAAUUUAAGUCUGCUGACUGCGGCUUUUCAGCAUCAGAGCAUGUUUCCUGAAAGAAUAUAGAUAGAAAUAUUUCCCAGCUUCUAAAGAGAUAGAUAGAGACUAAAAUUCAGGUCAGCUCUAAUCUGGCAGAAGUGACUGAGGAGGAAAUAACCCAGUUGAGUACUUGAGUAAGACAAAAUGAGUAAAAUUGAAAAAAAGGUGAUGGGGGACCUGAAGCUGUAUGUUAAGAAUAGUAUAUAUUUAAGAAGAUAGAUAGUACUUUAAAAAAAAAACUAAACUUGAGAAGGGUAUUUUCUUAUUUUGAAGGAAUUUAUAUACAAAGUGUCUGCUCUGUUGCUAUGCUUGUCUAUAUUUAAAUUUUCCCAGUUACUGCAUAAAUUUGUAGUUUACUUUGAUGAAGAUAAGCUGUAUCUGCAUCUGUUCAAGAUUAAUUUGAGAAGAAAUUCUCAGUACCACAGAUUUGUAAUUUUGUCUGAAUUGUGAAUGUUCACUUCUGAAUAAAUGAG